GACAUGUGAAAGGGAGCUACAUCGUCAAAUGACCGUCGUUCUUUUCAAGGUUUAAUCUGUUCAAUUGAUCAACAACUGCAGUUUACCCACAAUUUAGCAACUCUAAAGACCUCACGCCGUUCUUAUUAAAUACCAAUUUUGCUGAUAGUUCCUGAACAGUUGUUUUCUUACGAACUCGGCUAGCCACGCAACCUCUCAUUCCCUCUCAGUCCUAUCGCACUGCGCCUCAGCUUUGCCGGUGACGAUCACGUAUGUCUAGGUAACCACCUACAUAUAUCAUACAGCUAAGGGCUUUCACAUAUUACCUGCAUUUACCUGCGAACCUAUUAUAGAGGUUAGCAAAUGCAAGCCACCCACACACCUACUGCAUUACAAGCAGCCGCCCUGCCGCCUUGACCUUGACAUCGACCUUGUGCCGUCUCCCACUUCUCACAUUUCCCCACUAGGUACUUACGUCCGAUACUACCCAGCAAAACCUAGACAGCCUAGAUACAGUUUACGCCAGCAGGGCUAGGUAACCAUAAACCCGACGGUCUCCUGCAGACCGCCCUUCGUUUAGAACUUUGGAACAUACCUAUUCCUGGACAUUGAAACUUAAAGGACCCUCUUCCGUUGGAAGGACCGUUGUGGCAACCAUGGUUUCAGGCAACACCAACAGUAUAUCCCUUCAGUCACCCAACGCGAUUCCUCCUCGAACCUCUUCCACCGGUUCUACUACUCCUUUACCUCCCGCCAAAUCCGUCCUUCGGCCUGUUCCAGAGUCAGAUUGGCUUGGUCAACAUAACCGGCAUCGAAGUUCUUCCACUGCUAUUCCCUUAACAGGCAUGCAUGCUACAGGGCCUCAAGACCCAGCGCGCUAUGAGAGCGAAGAUUUAAACUACACCUCGAGAAAGACAUGGACCGAACAAAAAGAAAAGGUCCUUGUGGGUCCUUUUGAGUACCUAUUCGCUCAUCCAGGGAAAGACUUCCGUACUCUCAUGGUCAACUCUUUCAAUGCGUGGUUGGGAGUACCGCAAGAAAGCUUAGAUGUAAUCACCAAGGUUGUCGGUAUGCUUCAUACAGCUUCUCUACUCGUUGAUGACGUUGAGGACAACUCAUUGCUGCGGAGGGGUUUGCCGGUUGCCCACAACAUUUUCGGCACGGCUCAGACCAUAAACUCGGCCAAUUACAUCUACUUUUGCGCCCUGCAGGAACUGCAGAAGCUCAAGAAUCCUAAGGCCGUCAAUGUCUACACCGACGAACUCAUUCACCUCCAUCGCGGCCAGGGCAUGGAUCUCUUCUGGCGAGACACUCUGACAUGUCCCACCGAAGAAGAGUAUCUUGAAAUGGUUGGCAACAAAACAGGCGGGCUCUUUCGUUUGGCUAUCAAGCUUAUGCAAGCCGAAUCGGGCACGCUCAUCGACUGCGUGCCCUUGGUCAAUAUACUAGGUAUAAUAUUCCAAAUUCAAGACGACUACAGGAACCUGUCGAGCCCUGAAUACGGCCAGAACAAGGGACUCUGCGAGGACUUGACCGAGGGCAAAUUCUCGUUCCUUAUCAUCCAUAGCAUACGCUCAAACCCUUCGAACAUGCAGCUCCUUAACAUUCUUAAACAGAAGACAACAGAUGACGAGGUCAAGCGUUAUGCCGUGAAGUACAUGGAGAGCACAGGGAGCUUUGAAUAUACCGAGAAGGUAAUCUCAAUCCUAGUUGAGAGAGCAAGGAAGAUGGCAGAGGAACUUGACGACGGCAGAGGGAAGAGUAUCGGCAUCCAUAAGAUCUUGGAUAAACUAGUGGUGUGAGGAUGAAGUAAUGAGAAGAUGAUUGGUCAAAUUUCCUUGGGAACUUUUGGUGGGCGAAUUUCUGAUGUUAUGCUGCUUCGAUAUUGUUGGAGUAGAGGUUGGGCGUGACAGCGAGCUGGCGUGAGUUAGGAUACCCUCAUUUCCUACUAUCUUGAGAUGUGAGAAAUUCCGAAAGUCUAUUAGCACAAUUACAGUGCCUCUUUGAGGUUGCUUUUUUUCUGAACCCAAGUUUUACUAUAGUAUCAGAAUAUUUCCUGAGUGUAGGCUUUACUACUUGAAUAGGGGUACGUAUCUGCCAAGACCGGUGCUUUAUUUCCUUCGUCUUAGGGGAGAACAAUACUCAAUGAUUAGUCAGCCAUCAACGAUACGCUACCCCCAUUUCCUUUGACAUAUCUUGUGAGUAUGACAAUAGAAUUGUUUACUUAUCCCUUUAAUACUAGUUGAGAGUAGGAUUGUGCAAAGGAUAUAGUACAAGGAAGCUGUGUACUUGAACCUGGGUAGUAUCCUUUUAAUUAACCGUAGACCAGUUUACAGGGAGAUAAAUACAGAAUAAUCAGCC